AUGACAACAAAUAUUGGUUACGAUGUAUUAGUGAGCUGCAACGAGCAGCUAGUUGCUGACUUUGCUUCAGAUCCAGGAGGACUCGCUGGAGUUAUGUUUCAAAACCAUCUGAUAUCAGACGAAACAAAUCAGAAAAUCAUUCAGCUUGACAAGACGAAUACGGAUAAAGCCAGGAUGCUAGUGGUUGUAUUGCAGGCAAAAGUAAAAAGUUUUCCGGGAACUUACGAUAAAUUCAUUACAAUACUUCGGGAAAGGAAUGAGCGACAUGAUGACGAGCUUCUCUCAGUACUUACAGAUAAGUACAAGGAGUUAGAAGCUGUAACAGACAGACAUCAGACAGUUGAUGAAGCAAACUCAGCAGGUGGAGAGUUAAUACCAAGAUCUGCCAGUACAAGCUCAUCUGGAACUGGAUCACUCACGACUUCUGAUCAUCUGACAUUUUUUAACUUCCAAUGCGGCUGUGGAGAGUGUACCAUCUUGGGUCAUGUCACUGGCAGAGAUAAGUGUUUAAGCUCCAAGCCACCUCAAAUUAAAAGAUGCACUCGUGAUACUGCUUGUAGUGAUACAGUAUCACCGACAGAAAUUUCUGUAAGCUUCUUCAUGAAAGCCCUAAAUAAAGAAACUCGCAAAAUCCAUUCGAAAUUUUGUAGCUUACUUACAAACACGAUUAUAAAUCUUGAAAAACAAGAACAAUAUGAUCUCACGCAAUACGUUCAGAAGUUGUUAACACCACAAGGUUCAUAUUUUAGCCAAAUUUAUCGUAGCCCUUCUGAACAGAUUUUGCUCUGUGAUGCUAUCAGCUUUAAUGAUUUAAUUGAGUUUCUACAGAAUAAUUUCUGCUCUUGGUUCAAUUACUCACUAAUAUCCGAAAUACGAAAAGAAAAUCUUUUCCCAUAUGAGGAUAAUGAAGCAUUACACAAAUAUGAGCGUUUGUUUCAGCAAUAUGUUAAUCGACGAUGUUUUCUAUUUGUUGAUGACUUUGGCCCUGAACCGUCUCACAUUGAAUCAGUGGAGAUAACAUGUAAGGUUGAUGUUGAUUUUCAUACAAUCACCUACGAUCAAAUUCAAGAAUUGAAGUUAGUAUUUAUAGAAUGCUGGGAACAAGAACUACCACACCAAGUUCUUAAUUUGAAGCAUGUUCGAGAAGGCUGUACAGAGCUGGUGUUCCGAGUUCCAGCAUGUUUUAGUCAUUUAUACAGCCAAUUGAGUCCUAAACAGAUGCAGCACCUGAAAGAAAAUGCAUUCAUUGAGGUCAAAAUUGGUCAACAAGUAUUACUGAAGGCAGAAAGUAAUUCAACAAAGAAGCUGCUAAAAGCGUUUAGCCAAGAUGGUGGUGACCCGACUUCUGCCUUAGCCUCACUGAUAGGGUUUGAUCCGACAGUUGAUGUGAGUUCAAUCAGGGACAAUAAUGGAAUGACCCUCCUCCAUCUUGCCUGUCGCUGGGACUGGUCAAACUGGGGACUCUUAGUCACCCAAUUGGUCGAAACACACCACCAUAAAGUCUCAGUUGUGAAUGAAGAUGGAGACACACCUCUUCACAUAGCUGCUCGAUUCAACAAUGAAGGAGCUGCCGAAUAUCUUCUUGAGCUCAGUGAUGUCAACGCUAGAAAUAACGAUGGAUUAACUGCCUUUAACAUUGCACAUCAAAAGCAACAUCAAAACGUUUUGAGAGUGCUGGUCGAGUGCGAUGAAAUAUUUGCCAACAUUCCAAUGGGGAAUUUUAGAGGAUAUUCACAGGACAAGCAUUAA